UCGGGGUCUUUUUCUUAAAACUGGUGUUUGAUUGCAUACUUUAUCGCUAUUAGAAAGAUUAAAACCGGAACUGGAUAUUUCCGACGAGAAACCAUAACAUGAUUAUGAUAAAUGAAAAAAAUAAUGGGGUCUUCGUUGUCUGAACCUAGAUCUUAGGUCUUAGCUUUCGGGGUCUUCGUUUUUGCUACGAGCCACAUCAACCCUUGACCCCAACAGGUUUUUUCAAGAGUCGUUCAGUACCAUUUAUAUCCCGUUGCGAAGAGAGGAGCUUGUGGACGCGAAGAGUAUUUCCAAAGACCACAAAGAGGCUUUUCCGCCUUCCUUUGGGUAUCUUUUAACCAGUGUUAUCAGUGCCAUCGUCUAAAGUCAUUUCCCGUUAAAAGUCAACUUCGAGUAGAUGAUUUCAGUUUAUCAUCUUCUAUUCCUGAAAAUUUUUUUGCCUGGCAUCUCUGGAAUAACAGAAUGGGGUUUCAAAAGAUUCAUAAAAUACGAACCCGGUGAUAUGAACCUUAUAAUAACAGCCCCUCACGGAGGUUCACUGGAUCCCAAGACUCAAAGUGAUGGUCGCAGAUGGCCAUACAGAGGAAAUGGCUGUAAAGGAAGCGAUGGUGAAUGUAUUUGGACACACGGUUGUGGGGUUAAAUCUGCAAAGUGCAUUGCUUUAAUAAAGAGGGAUGAUUUUACCAUGGGCAUCGCUCGAGAUAUUGCCAAUCAAAUCAAGGUAAAAGCAGGUCUCCGACCACACGUCGUGUACAGCAUGCUAUUAAGAGCCAAACUUGACGUGAACAGGGAGAUCGAAGAAGCAACCUUCAAUAUCUCGGACGCAAUUGCCGCCUAUUUCGAUUACUCCUCUUUCAUCAACAAGGCCAAGUCGAGCAUCACUAGACGUGGGUCAAGGCGUGGGACUGGGCGCGGCUUACUGCUGGACAUUCACGGCAGUGCUGAUCACCUACAAAGAACUGUGUUAGGUUAUCUGGUUCAUAGCAAUUAUCUCGAUAAGGGAGACUAUAGCAUGGACAUGUCCUCUAUCAGAAGCCUUGGUAACCACUGGUGUGGAAUCGACAAUAUUUGUUUUAAGGAAUUCGUCCAGGGUAACAGAAGUCUUGGGUAUUUUAUGAAUCAGCAAGGCUUACUCGCGAUACCCUCUCCGCAAAAUAAAAAAAUAAAACCAGCUGUGAUAACUUAUCUGUCUGGAGGAUACACAGUGGCUAAAUUUGGGUCCAGAGAUGGAGGAAAUGUUGAUGGUAUACAGCUGGAAUUUUCCCGUGCAUUGCGAUCGAGUUGGAACCAUAAUGCAAAGAAUAAAGUAGCCAGAGCUAUUUUAAAUUUUCACAAGUUUAACUACCCAGGAGAACCUUAACAUCAAGCUACCUUCAUGAAAGUUUUUCUUAUUUCAUCUGACGUCGUUCCCAGGCUUCUCAAAAAGAAGAGAAACUCGACUGAGGAAGACUGAGUUUGAUUCUUCUCGACUUCGUAGCGCCGUCUUAGUUUCGUCGGUCAUAGUUCGGAUGUUCGCCUUCUCAAGCGCAACAAGGAGUAUGUACUCAACUUUUAUGAGUAGUUUUUACUUGUAAUAAAGCAUAAUAUUACAAACUUUAUGAGAGAAAAAUGUCUUGGAUGGCACUUGAAAUUUUAUUAACAACGAUUAAUCUGUCUUGAUGACGUAAAAUUUGUCCAGUUUGAGUCUUAAGCUUGUUGUUCGACUUUACACGAAAUAAUCUUGCCUAGAUUGCAUUGAAACAUUUUGGCGUUGGAAAAAUUUCAGUAUAUGAGCUUAAGUAAAAAUAAUGGUGAAAAAGUGCACAAAACAUCCCGGACGAAAUUAACAAACUUUACAUGUGCAAGAAUAAAAAUCUUGGUUAUGAGCCUUUAAGAAGGUUCUUAAAGUCCAAUUACACGAAAUUACACUCUGGACAAUGAAACUGUUGAAUGGUUUUUUUUUUACCUUCGAACCUUCGUUACCGUUUGUCUCCUGUAGGGAGAUAACACUUUUAAUCUCCUAUAUCCUAAUAGUGACUAUCAUCGAGAUUCUCCAAACCGAAUAUCCUACUGAAUGAAACAGCGAGGACCUGAGAGUAAGAAAGUGGUCACCAAAUGAAAAAGCCCUCAACUACCAAACAAAUCCUCCUUGCCGGUACAAUAAGAAAUGUAUGGAGAAAGACACGUGUAGGGUAUAGAGGGAUUAAGGUAAAGUUUUGAUUUUGGCGCCGAAGGUUAUGCCUUUGUCUGCCUACGAGAGAUUCGAUAGUAUUAGUAAUCAGUUUUUCCAUGCUUUUAUAGUGUAGCCUGCCCAACACAAUGGUCUCACAUCUGCGCAUGUGUAAACGUUAUAGUAGCAGGUGGCGAGGCCGUAUA